AUGACGGAUUCAUCGCUUAGUAUUCCUACAUAUGAUGGAUCUCUGUUAUCAGUACGUAGUUCAUCUUCAUCAGUAGAUCGAUUACAUAAAAAAACAGGCGUUUGCAGGCGUGUUGCAUCACGUUGCCCAACAUGUCAACAACCAAUAACGAAAGAUAAAAUCGUUAAUGAUAAAGAUUUAGAAAAAGAAAUUCAAAAUUUGGAAGUUUAUUGUACAAAUAAAGAUAAAGGUUGUAGUUGGCUAGGACUAUUACGAAAUUUUCAAGUUCAUAUUGAAACAUGUGACUUUAUAUUCGUUGAUUGUUUGGCUGGAUGUGGUACAAAAUUUGAAAGACGUUUUCUAAGUAAACAUCAAAAUGAAGAUUGUGUAAAACGAACAAUAACUUGUGAUUUUUGUAAGACAAAUAUUGUAUUUGAAGAUGAAAUUCCUCAUUUGAAUGUUUGUUCUGAAUUUAAAAUUCCUUGUCCAAAUCAAUGUUCAACACAAGAAGUUUCACGUGAACAAAUGCAAAAUCAUUUAGAUAAUGAAUGUUUAAAACAAGAAAUUCUUUGUCCAUUUCAUGAUUGUGGAUGUGAAUAUCGUGCUAAUCGAGCAGCUAUUACUCAGCAUGUAAAAGAUUCACCUGGUAUUCAUUUAAAUAUGGCUGGAAAAACAGUUUCAAUACAAAAACAAUUAUUAAAAUUAUAUGAAGAACGUUCAAAUGAACAGAACAAAUGGAUUGAAUUAUUAGCACGAAAAGUAAAUGCAUUAGAAAAAACUUAUGGACCACAAUUUAUUUGGAAAAUUGAUCAUUAUCAAGAAAGAUUUCAAGAGGCUCGUACAAAUAAAAAGUCAACUCUAUUUAGUCCACACUUUUUAACCAGUCGUCAUGGUUACCGUUUAGCACUUUCAAUUUGUUUAUGGGGAGAUGGAAAAGUUAAAGGAAAAUAUGUUUCAUUAUUUAUUUGUAUUCAUCGUGGUGAAUAUGAUUCUUUAUUAGCUUGGCCAUUUUCACAUCGUGUAACAUUUACAUUACUUGAUCAAUGUGAAGAUGUCAAUAAUCGUCGUCAUAUAAUAUGUACUGUUAAACCAAAUGUAUGUAAAGAAAAUAAACCAUUCUUAGGUCGACCCAUAACAGAACGAAAUGCAAGUUUUGGAUGUCCGAAAUUUGUCGAUGUGGAUACAAUGACAAAAUUUAAUUAUGUUAAAGAUGAUACAAUAUUUAUUAAAGUUGAAGUUGAUAAUGAAGAAAUGAUUUUUAUUUAA